AUGGCCGGCUACGCCCUUGCCCGCUUUUACGUCGACAGCGCGGAACUUUCACAAGCUGUGCUUGACGUCGCGGACACGUGGAACGCCGUGAGCGACGCCACGCGGCGCAACUUCCCCACCCUGUCGUGGAUGGACAAGUCCACCGCCGCGGGCGCCAUCGACCACGUGGAUAGCCUCCUUUCCAUCGUCGCCAUUCCGGCGCACCUGAACACUAGCCAGGCGCUGGACGCCUUCUACGAUUACCUGGGGGCGGACCAGUCGCAGCCCUUCUUCCGCUGGUUCAUGAGGUCCAGGAAUCGGCGGUCGGACAAGUACAAGAGCUUCAUUCGCGAGGACCCAAAGGUGGCCGUGCACCGCGAAGACCUGCCGUUGAGCUCGGUGGAGGUGAACGCUUUUUACCUGCAUCUCUACCACAUCAUGGACGUCCUUCCCGCCACCAUUGCCCCGCCGUUUGUGGCUUCAGGCGUGGCCCCGGCGGUGAUCUACGGAUCCAUCGGCAAGGUCUUGGGUCACGAGCUGUCCCACGCCUUCGACCCGCAAUUCAGCACUCAGACCAGGACCGGCGACUUUGCCACAUGGUGGUCGCUGCCGUCCUUUAAGCGAUUCAUCGAAAGGCUGUGGUGCGUCAUUUCUCAGGUGGACAACUGCAUCGAAAGCUACGUCCACGGCUUCAACGCGCUGUCGGAGGUGUUCGCGGACACUGCCGGCACCGAGAAGGCCCGCCUGGCGUACGCUUCGCUGCCGACUCAGCCGGGUAUGCUCGGCUACUCGCAGGAGCAGCUGUUUUUCGUCGCGGGCUGCUUCGAGUUCUGUGCCAAGAAUCCCUACUGGUGGGAUGUGUCGGACAUUUACCCGGCAUCCGCCCUGCGUUGCAAUUUACCCGUUGCCAACGAGAAGAAAUUCGCGGCGGCGUUCAAGUGUCCCACCGGAGCAGCGCUGAACCCGCAGACGCGCUGCAUCUUCUACGGAGCGUACACGGUGGAACCUCAUUCAGCAGCUCCGUACUGCAUGGUUGCCAACAUUUUUCUUUUCCGUUGCCAAUUUUCAGAAGUACUCCCCGUGCCUGCUAGGGAGAAACCAACGUGAUUAGACUUUGUUCUGAUCACACUAGGGACUCGACAAUGCUGAUUAAUUCGGUAAUUACUUCCCUUUGAUUUCCGACAGAACCACUCGCGCUAUUAGACAUGUGUUCACUUUGCUCGGUAGUCAUCGCGUUCUUGUUUGCUUGCACUUCUUUUUCUUACUUUCCUGCAAGUUUUUACUUCUCUGCUCUGUACGGCUACUGCUAUUUAACUUAUCUGAACUCGCAUAUUCUCAUUGGAAGCAAGUGUCGCGUGCGAGCUUUUGGCACAACGUUAAGAACUUUUUUGUUCUAGUAACUAAACUGUCUCACUACUGGUUUCAGUGAUUUGAAAGCACUGAAAUCUAAACUGAUGUUGUUCAAACGAAUAUUUGUCACUCUGGUAUUUAAAAG